AUGGCCACCAAGACAACCUACGCCGACCGGCCCAUUCCAAAGAUCUCGCUCCGCGACUUUGACGCCCGCAUCGACGAGAUCACGGCCGAGCUGUGCGACGCCUCCGAGAAUGUCGGCUUCUUUGCCCUCGUCGACCACGGCAUCCCGGCCGCCGAGAUCGACGCCAUCUUUGCCCGCUCGGCCGCCUUCUUCGCCCUGCCCGACGAGGUCAAGGCCACGGUUCCAUGGAGCCCGCUCAACGUCGGCUGGGAGAAGAUGAACCAGAUCCGACCGAGCACCGGGGCUCCCGACACCAAAGAGUCGUACCAGCUGCAGUUUGGCGAGAACAUGGACCACGGUGGCACCGCACCGGGAGGAAGCCUCUGGAUGAGCGACGAGCACCUGCCGGGCUUCCGUGCCGAUUGUCUCGGCUUCAUGAACCGCCUGCAUACCCUGUCCAAGAAGCUGAUGAUCUGCUUUGCCCGCGGCCUCGGCUUCCCGGACGACUACUUCCUGCCCUUCCACGACGUCUCCCGGCCCAGCAUCCAGUCCGUCCUCCGGUUGCUGCACUACUUCCCCAUCGAGCCACCAGCACCCGACAGCGACAAGCCGCCGACCAUCUACCAUCGAGCCGGCGCCCACGCCGACUGGGGCUUCCUCACCCUCCUCUUCCAGCGUCCCGGCCAGGGCGGCCUCGAGAUCUGCCCCGGCCGUGAGGCCGUCACCGAGUUUGGCCUCGGCGACACCUGGACCCGUGUCGAGCCCGACACGGCCGCCAUCGUCUGCAACAUCGGCGACCUCCUCAUGAGCUGGUCCGACGACCGCUUCAAGUCCACCUUCCACCGCGUCAAGGCCCCCUGCGAGCCCGGCGACUUUUACGGCGAGCGCUACAGCGUCGCCUUCUUCAACCAGCCCUGCGCCGAUGCCAUCAUCCAGGGCCCCGCCAAGAAGUACCCUGCCGUCACCGGCGCCCAGUUCACCAAGAACGCCAUGGAUCGCCACUUUGCCGCUCUGCAGGCCAAGCGCAACGCCAAGGAGGCUACUACCUCCACCCUGUCUUCCGUGCCGGCUGCAGCAUAG